AAAGAUAGCUGAUGGCCUGUAGAUAGAGGACUCUGCGGCUAGCAGGAAGGCGUUCCAGGUUGUGCUGAGUGAGGUAAACUGUAGAUUAGGAACAAAUGUUGUGCAAUGAGUAUUGCAAAAAGAGGAAUAUCUGAAGAGGAACUGUGAACCCUUUGUAACAUGAAUCCUGUGAAAGAGAGGCAAGAAAGACUUUAAACGCAUGGAUCGGGAGCUGUUUCAGAUGAUCUUUAAAAGUAUAAGAAGAGUGGAAACACAUUAAAAAGAAGAGCAGACAACAACAAAAAAAAAAAGGCUGGGCUCACCCAACUCUACACCGAGAAUCGAGUGAUUCAGCAAGAUGGGAAAAUCAGCCUCCAAGCAGUUUGCUGAAGAGGUGCUGCAGUGCCAUAAUGAGUACAGGAAGAAGCACCAGGCUCCCCCACUAAAGCUGUGCAGUAAACUGAGCAGAGAGGCUGCACGUUAUGCUGAAAGUCUGGCUAGCACACGAAUCCUGAAGCACAGCGUGGAGUCCAGCAGGGGGAGCUGUGGAGAGAACUUGGCUUGGGCUUCCUAUGACCAAACUGGGAAGGAUGUGGCAGAUCGCUGGUAUGAAGAAGUAAAGCAAUACAACUUCAACCGUCCUGGAUUCUCUAGUGGCACUGGCCAUUUCACUGCGAUGGUGUGGAAGAGCAGCAAGAAGCUGGGUGUGGGAAAAGCCACAGCUUCCGAUGGAUCUUCCUUUGUUGUUGCAAGAUAUUUCCCAGCAGGGAAUAUUACAAACCAGGGACACUUUGAGAAUAAUGUCCUCCCACCUUAAACUGGCUCUUAGGACCUGUUGAUCCUUCUGGACCCAAAAACAUUUCUUCAUAUUUAAAGCUUCCUUUCAUGCAGACUCCCUGGAGAAAACAGCAGCACAUUUGGCUGAAUAGAAAACCAAACUAUGGGCUUGUAAAAUUUUGAAAGGAAUUUACCUUACCUUUUGACUGCAAAGGAUUGUAAGGCAGAGUGUUCAAAGUACCCAGCAGUUUAUUUGUUUACAACCAUAGUUGUUUUGUAUCAUGAAUGAGAUUUUACCCUAAAUUUGCACACUAACAUAUUUUUUUUCCUGUUUCCUGUUUUAAGUUUUAGUCAAUUCAGAGAAAAGGUCACCAAAAUGCAGACAUUGCUUAAAUUUGAAGCUGAUGACUGCACACCCCUGGAAUGUCCUUGUUGUUGCUCCUUUUUGUCCGUGAAGACGCUGCAGGCUUGUUCUGUGUAUUCACACCCUAACACAUUUCAGUUUGAGAUGAGGCAACGUAUCCGCGGCCCUGAAAAAUCAGUUUUCUUUGGACUACACAAAGAUUUUCUUUUACCAUCAAGUGUGUUUCAUUGUGUAAAUAUUAAAGAUUUAUGAAAA